AUGCGUAGAGCUAACCCUUCAGGACAGCUGCUACCAUUUGAUCCAGAGAUUGACAAGACCUUUCUGAGGAGAAGGAACUUACAGAAAGCUUUCGAAGCAGCAAAAGAACCCUCAGGAAUGACCGAUAAACUGCUGAAAGAUUAUGCGGCACCAUAUGCACGAGGGGUCCAAUCCAGUAUCACCCGACUACCCAUCGAUGCUGACAACUUUGAGAUCAAGCCCGCAGUAAUCCAUAUGGUCCAGCGAAAUCAAUUCAAAGAGGGACCAUACGAAGACUCGAAUCAUCAUCUAGAGCUGUUUUAUGAAAUUUGUGGCACGAUGAAGGUGAAUGAGGUUCCUCCAGAAUCGGUGAGACUGCUUCUUUUCGGAUUCUCUCUGAAAGACAGGGCCAAGCAGUGGCUGAAUUCUCUACCAGCAGAUAGCAUAUCGUCUUGGGAGCAAUGUAAGCAGAAAUUCUUAGACAAGUUCUACCCCGAAGCAAGACUGCCCACAUGA